AUGGGUUUUCUUGGGCCUGUACGUGCAGGCCAUUUACUUUUCCGUCAGUAUACAGAAAAAGUGCAUAGAUUGUUUGAUGCGAGGUACAAUGGUUCGAACAAUAUCACGCGCGAUGUCUUUGGUUGGAGCGAGAUGGGAGGUCGUAUAACAAUACCAACAUUUCAUGAACUGUUGAGACUGAAUUUAACAAAUCCAAUCGUUUAUCAUGGUCGGUCAACAGUGAUUCAAUUAGUAACUCACUAUGAUCCAUUAACACAAUUGAAUUCAUCUCAGACAUUAUUAACGAAAAUGAACCUUGCAAACACACCACUUCUUUAUUAUCAUAAUAGCGGAGUCUUGCCCAAAGUGAAACAAAUGUAUCCAACAGAACUGAGUCUGUUAAAGUCAAAUACAGUUCUUGGAUAUCUCUUUCGUAUUGCAUUAGAAAAUUGUACACAAAUACCGACCUGUGAAGAUUUACAGAAAGAACUAGCUUAG